UCAUCACCUUCACUUUAAAAUGUAAUGGCCAUAGAGCCUCAGACAGAAACAGAGAUCAGCUUAACCUGCCCUGUCCAUCAUUUUGGUUCUCUUCCUCUAGCACCUUCAGCCUAUUCACCCCUCAACCAGCUCCAAGCUUCUCAUUGAAGAUGAAGAGUGUGUUGCUGCUACUGCUGCUGUUAUUGCUGGCUUUCUGCACUUCCAGACUGCAGGGAGAACGGGUAGAGAAGUGUGAAUACCCUUGCUCACAGGGACUCCACUGCAAGACGAAGCCUCAUUUCUCAUUUGAGCAAUGCAAGAAACGGCCAGACGGCAUGACCAGAGAUGUGUUUAGGAACACAAGCAUCUCCACAGUGAUGAGGUGUAAAGGGGUUCGACAGUGUUCUCUUUACCUCCGGAUCAGGACUCAUCUACAGCUAAAGAAACACAUCCAUGGCAUCUACAUAUGCACAGUCAGUGCAGCGAUGAUGGAACACUGUGGGAUUGUGAUCUUCUCACGCACACACAAAGAAAAAGUGGUGGACCAUCAGGUGCAUAUUCAGGAUGAUUGUCUGGAAGUAGGCAUAGGACAAGAUGUUUAUGUAACCCUCCAAACUUGGCCUCAAUUCUGCGAUGUGGCUUAUUCCAGAGCAUAUCGUGUUCCAGACUGCAGCAACAAGGACCUACAAGGAAACAUUCCAGAAUGCACUACCGGCAGGAUUGACUAUGAGGUGGACUUGGAGAGGAAGGAAGUGCAUAUAAGUGUGUCAGACAUGCUGGAGGACAAGGACUACCAUGUUAGACUCUGCCACAAGGAUUACAUCUGCGCUGGCACUGGAGCUCACGUAUUGAUAAAAAAGGAGAAUCCAGUGAAAAAUGUAACUCUGAAGUACUCCAAACCAGUGCCCUGCUUGUGCAUUGAGGGCUGGUCUGCCAUGACUGAUGCUUCUCGGCUUCAAGUCUGCCCUUUCAAAAACCGCGUUGAGGAACUCUGGUCUGGGAUAACCUUUGACCCUGAGGAGGAGACUCUGUCAUGGGAAGCUUCAUGUCAAGUUAAUGCUGUCAUCUCGCUGUGUGAGCUGCAAGACCAAGGCGUGUGCCAAGACCUUGCCAAUUCUUCUCAGAGAUAUGUCAAAAGAAUGGUGACAUAUUCAGCAGUGGAUCCUCACCCUCGGCUUUGCAUGAAGUUCGUCACAGAGACCGGGGCAUGGAUAAAGUGCCCAUUUUCAGAUGGGAAUUUCCCAGCCUGGCAACUAGAAAUUUCUACUGAAGAGGACCAGCCACAGCUGCUAGUGACUUCCCGGGUCAAAACAAGCUUGUCUUUGAGUGUGUGUUCCAAGACUGGGGACUCUGGGUGUGAGGACACACAAACCAUCUUAGUUGAUGUGGAGAAAUUUAAACAUGUCCAGCCAAAUCUGGCUAUGGAUCUUUGCACAUCAGGUCUCUGCAUCAAGGCAAAGCGUAUGGAUGUAAAAUAUGGAGUAACCACUCUCUUUUGCCAACCCUCAUGCCCAUGUUCUUCCUCCAAGCCCUCAGACAGUAACAGUAAAUGGCAGCUCAUGUAUUUCAUUGUGCCAGCAAUGACACUAACUACAGCUGUAGCCGUGGCUGCUGCUGUGAUGACCAUUGCGAUGAUUGGUUACUGCGUCAAAAGGAAAAUAAAGGGUCGGGCCAUUGCCCGCUUACCAGGACCACACACAGCCUUAUUCUCUCCAAUGACUGAGGAGGUGAACUCAAAAACUCAGCUGAUGUCCACAACAGUACUUGAUGAUGGAAAUAGCUCAGAAAGCUCUCAGUUACGAGACUCUGAGAGGUCCAAUCUACUGAAUGACUUCACAAACCACUUAGAAGUGUAGCUCUGAAGAUGGCUUAAGAUGGAAUGUGCCAUUUUCAUUUUACUUUGCAUUUCAUGUUUCUGUAUUGGGGUCAAAAUGGGAAAAAAGUGGAAAGGUUAUAUUCUUAAAACAUACCACAGAGAUUGUUUUGUAUGUUUAUUGUUAUUGAUCAUGUAUUUUGAUGUGGACUGUUAUUCAGAAUGACCAUUUUGCACUUUAUUUCUCUCUUGGUGUGUAAUUUAAUGAGAGUGGAAUUACACCAUGAUAUUGUAGAACACUUAUACAGUAUAUAUUAAUAAUCUACUGUAAAAUAAACAGACUUCAGAGCAAAAAAAAAAAAAAA